AUGACGGCGGCCUCCGAAUCCGUCGACAUUCCAAGUCGCGCUUCAAUAUCUCCCUCCGUAUCUAGCGCAUCCUCUUCCGCCUCUGAAUCUGAUACACAAUCUCAGCCACAAUCCCCUCGACCGUCUUCGAGACGUACACGAAUGGACAGACCUCGACUUGGAGAGAGGCAACGGUCAAAUUCCAUCAUUGUUCCUAAAGGUCGGGAUGUGUUUCAGCGAGAAAAACCACAAUAUCCUCCCGAUGAUGCAAGAGCAAUGAGUCCUAGACGGAACAGUGAAGAUAUUGAGAGACUAGAGCGUGGUGUUCGUGAAAGUCUCAAAGAACAAGCUCGAAGUCUCCAAUCCUCACUCGCCGCCUUAGCGGAAAAGAUUGAUGAAGUGAAAAUUGAUCACGACAAACUCGAAACCGAAAACCGAUUUCUCCAAGACUACAUUGGCGGUCUGACGAGAACAAUGUCGAAAGAUAAUCUCGGUCGCAGUGCCAGUACCAGUGGGAAGAAAAAAGGAAAACGAUGA